AGCGGCCUUGUCCCGGAAAUGCCUUCCCUCCUCCCGGGUCUGCGCGGACGCGGCCUCCUUACCUCAUUUGUCCUCGCCCCUCCCCGUCCCUCUACGCGUUUUGGUUCCCAGCUGGUGCUUCCUGUUUGCAACCGCGGCAGUGAAUCUGGGCAUAGGAACCAAUCAGAAACAACCGCUUCAGCAACCAAGACCAUUGUUCACCAUGGAGGAACCCAUGGAUACGUAUCCUCUGAGCCUCUAUCUGCGAUACCAUUCACUGGGCAGCAGUCUUUUGAGCCAAGUGGCAAAUUUGGACAGUAUCCAUCCGAUGCAGAUGAACCACAUUCAGGCAUUGGGGAGGUGGAGGACACAGAACAGCUAAAUCAAUGUUUGAUCCAACACUUCCAUCUCAUUAAGACAAGUUUGACUUUUCUUUGCUUUUUAUUUCAUGGAAUACAUGAUUAUCUCUUAACUGUUGGAGUUUCCAAGGAGUCAUACCUUGUGACUUCAUUUGGUGGAAAGAACAAAACUAAAAUGCUGUAUAGCCAAAGCCACAAAGGGAAGGAUCUGCAAUUUACAUCCUUGCAGCUACUAUCUGUACUGUACUGUUGUGAUCUACUGAUUGGCAUUGGCAUAGUAGUAGGGGUCAAGUGACAGAAUCCGUGCCAACAGUGUCCAGGUUCAGAAGCAAUUCAGUACCCUAAUGGUAGCUCUCCAGCAACCAACACAUGGUGAUUGUGCCACCUUGUUGCUCAGUUAUAAUGCAGGGCCAGUGAUUGACUUAAGUCAAGACCCUGGUUGAGAUCAUUUGUCUUUGGUCUAAUAGAAUUUGAGUCUAGUAGAAUUUGAGUCUCCAGGGAAAGAGCUACUUGACCAAAUUAAACUAGUAGCAGGUAGAGCGCAAAUGACAGCAUAUUAUACCAUCAAGAUGUUCUUAGAGCAGUGUAUGGAUGGAUCUAUUGUAUUGCCAUCAGUUGUGACUGAUACUGUUGUAUUCAAGGAGAAAGAGAAACUUGUUUAGAAAGCACUUUGAAAGUUUUUUGAGUACGGGGGUGCCCUGCGUCACCCCAUUAUGGUUGAACUUUGUCCUUCAAAAUUACCAAACUUGGCAGCAGUGGCAAAUUAUUGGGCUAAAAGACUUAAUCAGACAUAUUCUGGGUUCAAGGCUCCUAAUAUAAUAACUGGUGCGGACAUUAUACUUCCACUCAUUCAGAUGGUUGCAUCCCACCAGGCAUCCAGUAGAACAGGGACUGGGAAUAUGGACACUUGAACAUUAAACAUUCUGAAGAAUUUUGGAAUGACAGGUUACAAUAUGGGGAACAUAAUCAGUUCCCCAUAUUAAAAAAAAAAGAUUUGGGGAUAGAUUGGGCUCACAUAAUAAUCUUUAGAGAGAUUUUUUCAUUUUUGUGAAAGUACAGAAAUUCUCAACUGCUUAUGAAAUGCUGAUUGUUAAACAGCAUCCAUAGCUAUUUUGUUUUGUUUCCCUGACCCCACCCUGAAAAAAAAAAUUAUGGCACAUUGAAAACAGCAGUAUGAUGUAAGAGAAGAGAUCACAAACUCCUUGAGGGUGGGUCUUUUCCAUACUCAUAAACCUACUUAUGAUAUUCGGAGUAAUUUGUUGACACUUAUAUUAAUAUUCCCUCCUAUCCCAUUCAUUGCCAAAUCAUCAAACAUUUAUUGAGCAUCUACUCUGUGUAGGGUGUAAGCAGUACUGGGGACUUACAGUGAUAAAAGACAUAGUUUUAGCCGUAAGUGAUAUACUGUUUCACUGAAGAGAUAGAAUAUAAGAAGCCAAGUAAUUUAUGGAAUUCCCUUCUUUAUUUUUUAUUUUUUUCUUUUGGCAGUGGAGUCUUGCUUUUUAAAUAGAGCAAGGCUAGUCUGGAACUCCUGGGCUCAUGUGGUCCUCCUGCCUUAGCCUUCAGAGUAGCUGGGACUACAUGUGUGAACACAGCUUGGAAAUCUCUUAACCAUGGGAGUUAAGUCUCAAAAUUCUGGUGAUACAAGUGGUUGAAACUUAAAACUUUAUUUAAAAAAUAGGAUUUGUGAAUGUUAGAUAGUUCAUAAAUCUGCGAAAGACUGUAUAAAUACAUAUUUUACAUUUACUAUUAUUUGUAGUAAAUUUGAGUAUAGCACUAUCUCUUUAUCUGUGGAGACUUCAAACUCUCCACUAUUACUUUAAUUUCAGUGAGACAUUAUUAAAUAUAAGUGGGCUUAC